UUUGCUCCCUCAGGGCUCUCUGUUUUCUGACCAGCUCUAGGAACAGAACCAAAACGAAGCUGAACAAGGAAGCAGCACACAGGAAGAAAAGCAGAAGUGGGAGCCUUGGAGACUUGGCCGUCCUCUUUGAGGAAGAUCGAAGCUUCAGGCCCAGUUGGGACCCGAUGCUGCUGCAGGUGACCUCUGUGCUGGAGAGAUGACCCAGCAGGACCGCGCAUCGUGGCUGCCUUCUGCUCUGGCUCUGCUGCUUCUCUGGGCCCCAGGUUCUUGGUCUCUGAGUGGCCCCCGCACUGUGACGGGCACUGUGGGGGGGUCCCUGAGCGUGCAGUGUCAGUACGAGGAGGAAUUCACAGGGCAUGUCAAAUACUGGUACUCGGAUUUGCACAAGAAGAUUGUGGAGACGACAAAGUCAAAGAGAGAAGUGAGGCGCGGCCGCGUGUCCAUCAGGGAUGACCCAGCAAACCUGACCUUCACAGUGACCUUGGACAGCCUCACAGAGGAAGAUGACGGCACAUACAUGUGUGGGAUCGAUAAAUGGGGUCCGGACCCCACAUUCCAGGUUAAGGUGUCUGUGUUCCCAG